CUCGGGCGGCGGCGAGCGCGGCCGGGGCGGCUCAGUGUGAGCCAGAGAGAGUUGAACCCAGAGCAGGGUCCCGGCGCGGAGAGUGACGGCGGCACGAUGUUCAGCUGGCUGGGGCGGCAGGCGGGCGGGCGCGAGCGCGCGGGCGGCGCGGACGCGGUGCAGACGGUGACGGGGGGCCUGCGCUCGCUCUACCUGCGCAAGGUGCUGCCGCUGGAGGAGGCGUACCGCUUCCACGAGUUCCACUCGCCGGCACUGGAGGACGCCGACUUCGAGAACAAGCCCAUGAUCCUGUUGGUGGGCCAGUACAGCACCGGCAAAACCACCUUCAUCAGAUACUUGCUGGAGCAGGAUUUCCCAGGCAUGCGGAUUGGUCCAGAGCCCACCACUGAUUCCUUCAUCGCUGUGAUGUAUGGAGACACUGAGGGCAGCACCCCAGGGAAUGCUUUAGUCGUGGACCCCAAAAAGCCAUUCAGAAAGCUUAGUCGCUUUGGAAAUGCUUUCCUGAAUCGAUUCAUGUGCUCCCAGCUGCCCAAUCAGGUCCUGAAGAGCAUCAGCAUCAUCGACAGCCCCGGCAUCCUCUCUGGGGAGAAGCAGCGCAUCAGCCGAGGGUAUGACUUCUGCCAGGUCCUACAGUGGUUUGCCGAGAGGGUCGACAGGAUCAUCCUGCUCUUCGACGCUCACAAACUGGACAUCUCAGACGAGUUCUCAGAGGCCAUCAAGGCCUUCCGGGGCCAGGACGACAAGAUCCGCGUGGUGCUGAACAAGGCGGACCAAGUGGACACACAGCAACUGAUGCGGGUCUACGGGGCCCUCAUGUGGUCCCUGGGCAAGGUCAUCAACACACCUGAGGUGCUGCGUGUCUACAUCGGCUCCUUCUGGGCACAGCCCCUGCAGAACACAGACAACCGCCGGCUCUUCGAGGCCGAGGCCCAAGACCUCUUCAGAGACAUCCAGAGCCUUCCCCAGAAGGCAGCGGUGCGCAAACUCAACGACCUCAUCAAGCGAGCAAGGUUGGCCAAGGUACAUGCCUACAUCAUCAGCCACCUGAAGAAGGAAAUGCCAAGCGUAUUCGGAAAGGAAAACAAGAAGAGGGAGCUUAUCAGCAGGCUACCAGAAAUCUACGUUCAGCUACAACGAGAACACCAGAUUUCUGCAGGGGACUUCCCCGAGGUCAAGGCCAUGCAGGAGCAGCUUGAGAACUACGAUUUCACCAAAUUCCACUCGCUGAAGCCCAAGCUGAUCGAGGCCGUGGACAACAUGCUGAGCAGCAAGAUCUCGUCCCUGAUGAACCUCAUCAGCCAGGAGGAGAUGAGCGUGCCCACGCAGCUCGUGCAGGGCGGCGCCUUCGACGGCACCUCCGAGGGCCCCUUCAACCACGGCUACGGGGAGGGCGCCAAGGAGGGCGCCGACGAGGAGGAGUGGGUUGUGGCCAAGGACAAGCCCGUCUACGACGAGCUCUUCUACACUCUGUCGCCUGUCAACGGCAAGAUAUCGGGCGUCAACGCCAAGAAGGAGAUGGUGACCUCCAAGCUGCCCAACAGCGUCCUGGGCAAGAUCUGGAAGCUGGCCGACUGUGACUGCGACGGCAUGCUGGACGACGAGGAGUUUGCGCUGGCCAAGCACCUCAUCAAGAUCAAGCUGGACGGCUACGAGCUGCCCAACAGCCUGCCCCCCCACCUCGUGCCCCCGUCUCACAGGAAGUCCCUGACGAAGGCCGACUGAAGGGCAGGCUGCAGAGCGGGGCAGGCCAUGGCAGGGGAAUCAGGGGACCUGGGCUGAGGCCUGCUCUGCCACUGACUCACUGAAUGACCUUGGGCAAGGCACUGCCCUCCCCAUGCCUCGGUUUCCCCAUCUGUAGAAUGGGGAGGGCAGACACUGGACACUAGAUGAGGUCCUUCAAAAUUCCCUGAGUUUCUAUUAAAAUAUUAGGGGGCCAAGGAUGGGUCAGGAGAUUGAAGGGUUCAGAAGAAAGGGACGUUGUCCAAAGAUUCUCAGGAGCCUGGAGAAGCACAUGGAGACCAGGGUUUGGCAGAAUCCCAGGAACCUUGGGGGAGUGGGCUGGGGGCUCCCUGGGCUGUUUGUCAUCACGAAUGACCUCUGGAGCACCUGUCUGUCCCUCAGAGGGCACCGGGGGGCAGCAAAGAUGAUCUUAUUUAUUUUGUUUUCUGCUAUAUUUAGAGUGGAAAAAAAUAGAGCAGAGGGUUUCUGCUCUCUCCAGACUGUCUACCAAAGAGAAGAAGACCGAUGCCCCAGGUCUGGGAGGAGGGUGAGCUGUCUCUGUGCCCCGUCCCUUCUGCAGGCCCCAGCAGAGCAGGCAGCCAGGCCCAGGAGCGCAUCUGUCCCAGUACCUGCUGACCAGCCCUCCCAGGCCUCCCUCCUGGGGCCUUCCCAGUAAAGCCGUAUUUGAUUAGGAAUUCGGAACUCACAACCAUUUUUAACCCCUGGCAAGACUUCCACUUUGCAUUUCAAGUCAUGUUGCAGUCUGAAGAUUAACUUUUCUCACUGGUUUGUCCAAUAAGUAGUAGCAAAGUCUAUAUACUUCAACUACGGUAAGGAAAAGAGGUGGUUCUCCUCAGUCAUCACCUAGUGUGGCCCUGCCCCUCAACCGUUAAACGUCCCCAAGGCUCCUUGUUAGAAGGCAGGAUUUAAAGUCAGCGAAAACCUGUCUUGGUGUGUGCAGUGUCCUAGGCCCUGUGGACACAGGUGGAUGAGAGACCAGCCUUGCCCUGGGCUGGUGGGUAGUGAAGAUCAGCCUGCCAGAGUUAGAUGUUGUUUUUGUAGAAAGCAGGCAUUUAUUAUGUCCAGUGUUGUUUUUUUUUUUCCUUACAGGAUAAAAGUCUUUAUACAGAAACAAAGUGGAAUCUUUCAUAUAAAACCGUUUUCU